CAUUAACUCACAAAACAGAGUUACUUAACACAAAGACGUCCUCCCUAUUUGAAUGACAAAGUGUUAAACAAAAAACAGAAGAUAAGGUUCUCUCGCUAAUAAUCAAAUCGCCCAACUUGUAAUUCCUUUCUGCAUCACCGUCGUGAACCGCUUGGUUUUCGCAAUAUUAAGGUUGCCGGAAAACUGCCAGAAACCAUCGGCAACCCCUCUGCAAUAAAUGGCCGGCGAUUCUGAAACCCCGCUGCUGUUGGAGACGGUAGACGGUGUCGUUGACUUCAAGGGACGCCCAGUCCUACGAUCUACCUCUGGUGGUUGGAAAGCUGCUGCCUUCAUUAUAAGUGUGGAAGUGGCAGAGAGGUUUGCUUACUAUGGAAUCAAUUCAAACCUCAUAAAUUAUUUGACUGGUCCACUUGGUCAAUCGACGGCAACGGCAGCGGAGAAUGUCAACAUCUGGUCUGGAACGGCGUCGUUACUCCCUCUGCUCGGUGCUUUUCUUGCUGAUUCUUUUCUUGGCCGUUACCGCACCAUCUUAAUUGCCUCCGUUAUUUAUAUUUUGGCAUUGAGUCUAUUGACUUUGUCGGCUACUCUACCUUCCGACGGCGAAAGUCAUGCAAUAUUGUUCUUCUUUUCUUUAUAUCUUGUUGCAUUUGCACAAGGUGGACAUAAGCCUUGUGUUCAGGCAUUUGGAGCUGAUCAAUUUGAUAUCAACCACCCGCAGGAACGCAAGUCUAGAAGUUCGUUUUUUAAUUGGUGGUAUUUUACCUUUACUGCAGGUCUCCUUGUUUCAGUUUCGAUCUUGAACUAUGUUCAAGAUAAUAUCGGUUGGUUUCUUGGUUUUGGCAUUCCUUGCAUUUCAAUGGUAAUUGCAUUGUUUCUUUUCUCCCUUGGAACUUGGACCUACCGCUGUAGCAUCCCACCAAGUGAUCAACAACGGCCCCCUUUUUCCAGAAUUGGUAGGGUGUUUAUUGCAGCAAUCAGCAACUGCCGAAAGCAAACUACUGAACAACAGGAACCUCGUCCUUCUCAACAAUUUAGUUUCUUGAACAAAGCAUUAAUUGCAUCGGACGGAUCAAAGGAAAAGGGGAAAGUUUGUAGUGUUUCCGAGGUUGAAGAAGCAAAGGCGGUCCUGAGGCUUGUUCCAAUAUGGGCGACGAGUUUAAUUUUCGCCAUUGUGUUUUCUCAGUCUUCUACCUUCUUUAUCAAACAAGGUGUUACAAUGGACAGGAAAAUUUUGCCUACUUUUAAUGUACCGCCUGCUUCUCUUCAAUCCUUUAUCAGUCUCUCUAUUGUUCUAUUUAUUCCUGUAUAUGAUCGCAUUAUUGUUCCUAUAGCACGAGCCUUUACUGGUAAACCCUCUGGCAUCACAAUGCUACAGAGAAUUGGAGUUGGGAUGUUUUUUUCUGUGAUUUCUAUGGUAGUUGCAGCUUUUGUUGAGAUGAAAAGACUCAAAGUGGCUCGGGACCACGGAUUACUUGAUAUGCCAAAUGUGACAAUACCUAUGAGUAUCUGGUGGUUGAUUCCUCAAUAUGUCUUGUUUGGAGUAUCUGACGUCUUUACAAUGAUAGGUCUGCAAGAAUUUUUCUAUGAUCAGGUCCCAGAUGAAUUGAGAAGUAUCGGUCUUGCCCUCUAUUUAAGUAUUUUUGGGGUUGGGAGCUUUCUGAGUAGCUUUCUCAUCUCUGCUAUUCAAAAAGGAACAAGUAAAGAUGGAUGUGAUGGCUGGUUUGCAAGUAAUCUUAAUCGUGCACAUCUCGAUUAUUUCUAUGCUCUUCUGGCUGUUCUUAGUGCGGUGGAAUUAUCCGCUUUCUGGUUUUUUUCAAAAUCUUAUGUUUAUAAGAGAACAAGCACAUAGAGAAAGCAACUGGAAAAUAUGGAGAAACUUAUUAGUUGGUAAAUCAUUUCAAAUCUUUCUUGGAAUAUUCUAUUGGUAAAAUUCAUUAACUAGACAUUGCACCUGUUGAUUUAUAUUGUUCAGUUUAACCUUGUAAUAUAAUAGUUUAAACUUGUUAAUUGCUUUUUUAGAGUAAUACACUUAUCAUAAAGAGUUCAGAAAUUGCUUUAGCAGAUCUAUACAUGUUGAUUCUUCCUUUAGAUUUGAUACUAUUUGUGGUUUUGACAUUGAUAUAUGUACUACUAUUUUUAUAUUUCAUGUCUGCACUGUAUUGAAACCAGUUAAUUUCUCCGUUAAACCAAACUCAGAUUUAAGGAUUUGGGGUUUUAGGAGUUA